AUGAUUAUAUCAAUCAAACUUAAUGUGAUACUUCUUAGCUGUUUACCAUUAACCGCAUUAUUUGUCGCCGAACGUUCCACAAAAAUGUGCCAGUUAUGUUUAUUAGAAAUGGUUGGCAUCAUUCAUAUUUUAAACGAUAGCAAGACAACAAUACUGGUAAAAAUCGAUGAGAAAUGUAACAAAAUUUGUGGAAUGGAUAUGGAAUUGUAUCGAAUAUGUGUUACAACAAUGAGUAAAAUUUAUUUAAAAAUUGCCGGCCAAAUGGAAAAAGAAUUUAAUCCAAAUAUUUUUUGUAAAAAGAUGCAUAUUUGCCCGAAAUAUUUAUAA